UAUGGGUCAAGCAUCUUGUUGAACAAUGAGGCCUUCUUUAACAAGUCCAAGUACGAGAAAUAAAGCAAAUGAGAAAGAAAAGCUAAAGAAAAUCCAUAACUAUGACUUCAACGCUGGGUAUGAAGGAGAUUUUACCUUUGAAGAGAAGUUGGCCUCUGAGAUCACUAAUGAUUUUGGUGUGAGUGCGAACACCGAGAUGGUUAAACUCCUUAUACAAGAGUUCUUAUAAAAUUCGUAUUCCUAAAUCAGAUGAAUUUUGAAGAAUGUAAGACCGAAAAGGUAGAAUAUACCUACCCUAUGAACCCAAAAGGAGGAAAAGGUACCUGCUACUACUCCACAGUAGCUCCUCCUAUGAUUGAUAUAAUAUGGAGGGCUCUUAUCCAUCAUUCAGAUGUUUACUCUAAAUUCUGUCUUGACGUCUUUGGAGGCUUUUUAGAAAGAUUUGAUCCUGAAAUCAACUUUAAAGAACACCAUAGAGAUUACAAAAGAACCAUCGAACUAAUGAAGAAAUACAAGGACGUCACUAACCCAUAUGAGUAUUUAUGGCCAGAUCUGAACCAAGCAGAAUAUAUGUUUGAAUACAAUCAUACCUUAUACAUUCCAAGAGCUGAUAUAGAGAAUCUAAAGAAGAGAUUGGACAAAAAUCUGAAAAAUAGUUACGAAAUAUCCCAAACAAAUUUGCAAAUAAUUACUAAAGAUUCCGUCAAGAAGGAGAAAAAGUAUGAGUACACACCAGAUAUUCCAAAGGGAAGUGUUGAGAUAACCUUGAUAAACGAUCAGCCUAAAUUGGUUAAGAAUAUCUUUCACCAACUGCGCAAUACCGCAGCUGAGUCUCCAUUGAAAAAUACUUUGAUGACUAGAUGCCUUAUUAGCAGUCAGGCUGCAGAUCAUUGGCUUGAAGAGUACUUUAAGUACUUAAUUGUGAAGAUACAGCUGAAGGAAGAAGCUCAUCCACCUUCAAUUGUCAAGAGAGUCCUGAACAUUCAUAAAGAGUUUACCAAAGAAUUUAGAGAAUUUUAUCAGCUAGUUGGAUACCCAGAUGGUGACUGGGCAGAAACUCAGGAUAGGUUAAAAGAGAAAUAUAGAGCAACUAAAGAGGAAUACUCCAACCUUUUUGGGAAAGAUCCACACGCUAAAAUCUGGCCAUGAGAUGACAACUUGUUCAUUAAGAAAUAUGAAACUCCUAUUCACUUUAAUGUUUUGAGAUUUGUAGCUUGAAACCUUAUUUUAAAAUUUAACAACGAAGCAUUUAAAGAUAUUGAUCAGAUAGUAGCUUUGGUUAAAAAGAGUGACGAGACUUUUACUCAGUUGAAAUCGAUCAAAGACAAAAGAGAAAAGAGGCAUACACUAUUAGAAAAAGAACCAUUGACUGAGGAGAUUAAAGAGGAAGUUGAUCCCGUAAAUACAAAGCUAUGACCUCUUUAUAAAAAUGGAGGACUUCUUGUCCUAGUCAAUCCCUUCAGAACUAGGGAUAUUCAAGAUAGUUAUAUCAAGAUUAAAAACAAGAUCAAGGAAAAAGACACACUUGAGUUCUUUUCUGACGUACAACAGGAAGAUAUUUCCGAAUUCUAUGUUUUAAAGAAGCUGUAAUUCUGAUUCAAC